GAUACAGAAAAGCCUGUUGACGUCAUACAGGCCAAAGGGAUGAAGCGACAGAUAAUGGACGAGUUUGUCUCCAACAACAAGUUCCUGCAGCUGCCUCGGCUGGUCAACCAGCAGCUUUUUGAUGAGCUGUGCCCUGUGAAGCAGUUCCACCGACGGAGGAAGUACUGUGUGCUGCUGAUCACAGGGGAGGACCAAGCCUUUCUUCCGGGCAACAAGGCUUUCCUCGACUUUGCAUCAUUUAACAGAAAAGACGUGCUGCGGUUUGCUUACGUCUACCAGCGUCAGCAGCAGCCUCUCUGUCAGGCACUGCUCCACAAUCAGGCUGCAGUCUCACCGCAGGUGGUGAUUAUUGAGAGGCGGAGCCACGCUGGCAAGGUCAUGUACCGCUCAGUGAGCGGUGGCUGGAACGGCAGUGAGGAAGAUAAGUACCGCCUCCACGAACAGCUGGAGCUCCUGCAGAAAGACCCCACCUAUCUGAGCUCAGACGCCACCCUGCCCGAACUCAACAACGAGAUGGCGCCUAUUUUUAUUAUUCAGUGGAUGAAUGCUGCCUAUGAUUACAUCGUUCAAAUAUACGAUGACCUUCUCUACUCAAACUGGCGAGAAAUGAUGCCCAUUCUGUCAUUGAUCUUCUCCGCUCUCUUCAUUCUUUUUGGCACCGUCAUCAUUCAGGCCUUCAGUGAGCCAGGUGAGAACAAACCCCGGAAGCCAAAGCCAAAGGAGCAACCACAAACUGAGGAAGAUGCAUCAAGUAGAGCCAAUACUUCAAGCCGUCCUCCUAAGAAGGACUUUGUGGAAGUGACGGAGUUGACCGACAUCACGUACAUCAGCAACCUGGUGAAGCUGAGGCCCGGACACAUCAACGUUGUCCUGGUGCUCACCAACGCCUCCAAGAAUGCUCUGCUCAGGAAAUUUGCCAAGGAGGUCUUUUCUUUCUCUGGGACUCAGACUCUGCACUUCUCCUUCCUCAAUGCUGAUAAGCACCGCCACUGGAUGCCAUCGCUCCUUCGCUCAACCUCUGACACUAUGCAGAGCGAGGGCCAUUCGGACGAGGACGAGGAGUCUCCAGACUACGCCGGCCACGUGCUGGCCCUCAACGGCCACAAGAAAUACUUUUGCCUCUUUAGACCCGUCUUCACAGGGGACGAUCCCAACGACUCCUCGUCCGAGACCUCCUCCGACAGCAGGAGAAAGUCCCGGUCCAGGUCCAGGUCCAGCUCCCACUCUCGGUCCAGGUCCCAUUCCAGGGAGGAUGGGGCAGUACCCAAGAGGGGCUCCAGUAGGGCCACCAGCAUAGAAGUCCACCACAAGCUCGAUAGGCUGGGACUGUGGAUGGAGAGGCUAAUGGAGGGCACCCUUCCCAGAUUACAGGUCCCUGCAUGGCCCUCCCUUAGUGACACCACUAACUCCUUCACAGAGAGCUGAGGUCAAAGUAAAACAAAAACAAAAAGGUUUGAUGGUAGUGGAAACACUUUGUGGUUUUGCAUCCUGAUUACAUUCUUCAGCAAAAAAACAAACAGACUGUAGAACAGUGUUGCAGUUUUCAAAUCAUUAUUUGAGUUAUCUUACGCAGAGGCAGGUUGCUACAGUGAACUGUUGCAACCUGUUUACAGAAUAAUUUUAUCUGUUAGAUCGUGUGAAGCAGAUGGAAGUUGAGGGCAUAGAGUAGUGUGCUACCGCAAAGGUACAGGGCCUGCGCUGCAUGAUGCUGCUUAAUGUUUUCUGUAAGGAGGAGGAAAACGGAGACUCUAUAGGAAAACAACAAAAGCUGUAGUACACAUACACACACACAGUCAAUCUUUACACACGUAGAGAUCCUGUUCAAGGUGGUGUACUCAUUCCCCCCAAAAACAGCCAAUAAGCAUCAUGGCACAGACGAAGGCUGCAGCUAGCUGUGUGCGUUACAGAUUAACUCUAGUUCUCUGUGUUGCUUUCCUCUCUUUUUAACUCAUUAUGUGAUAUCAUUCAGCUCGGAAAAAGCGCAAUUAUUUUGCUCUACUCAAGUCCUUUGAACCCACCUAGAGCCUCUCAGCCUAAACACAUCUUUUCGACUGACAGCCUCCGAUCGUGAGUUUUUACGAAUAUAGACGUGGAAACUCAGCCUGAUGCACUUAGUUCAUCUUUGUUUGCUGUUAUAGAUCUGCUGACCUUUUUUGAUUCCAGACAUUAAGACAGACAAAUCCACAGCAUUGUUGGAAUCAAUAAUCAACUCGCAUAAAAACCAUUUACAUUUAAGUAUGUUUUUAGAAUUUAGUUAAUGAUUAAAUAGGAUUCUUCCUGCUGUUUAAAGCUCAGACCAAGUUGCCAUGUCAUGCUGCUGUUCGUCUCGGGAUUUAACAUUAAAUAUGCUCGCAGCCAAGUUAAAUAUCAUCUUGGAUAAAUCAUACCCAAAAUGUUACAAAUCUGCCUUUUUGUCUUUACACUUGCUGUUUUGUCUGGGGCCGGUUUCACUUUCUUUUUUUUUUUUAAGUUGAUUGUCUGAAUCAGAGGUAAAAGAUAAAUGUUAACCAAUAUACUUUCUCUUUUUUAAGCCAGUUUCCUUAAACCACUGUAAAUGUCAAUGCAUGGAAUAUGUAGACCUAAAAUCACUAAUAAGUGUUUAGUGAAUUUGCACUGGCAGCUGAAAUGCUUCACCCCGUCUCUCUCCUCCUCUUACUCUGUAACUGAAUAAUUUGCAGUACAUUGUAACCCUUAUAUUUCUUCUUGUAUGCCCUUUGAACUUCAUUUUUGUCUGUAUCCUACUGUGAGAAAUGAAGUGUAAAUUAUUAAAAGAAACUCAUUUUAAAACUGUUUAUUUAUUAAAACGUAUGGAUACGAUA